GAUAAUUGAUAAUGGAAUAAACCUUUAUUUACACUCCUCAACCAAGUUAUCUCCAAUAUAUAUAUAAACAUAAUAAAUUAAUAAUUAAUAAUUACGUAGUAUAUACAUAUAAUUGCAGUACUGUCACAUGCUGCUGCUUUUUGUGACCGCCAAGCAAGCAAGCAAGGCCACUGUUGAUACUUUCUCUCUCUUCUCAGUAUAAGCAACGUACAAAACUCUCAUUUUUUAAUAUUAAUAAAAUAAUAAAAUAAUCAAAUUAAAAAUUCUAGAGAGAGAAACAAAUAGAGGGUGGCCACAGUCCGUUAGCUGUGGUGGUGGGGGGCUUAACCCUCCUUUUUCCCCUCUUCCCCCAAUUCUCCACCACCAAACAAAACCCUCACCCAAUUCAAUAAUGACAUCCACCACCACCAACGGCGGCGCCCGCCAGUACCACUACUACCCUCCGCCGUCGUCGUCAUCCUCCUCCGCCUCCUUCCGCGGCUGCUGCUGCUGCCUAUUCCUCCUCUUCUCCUUCCUCGCCCUCCUAACCCUCGCCGUCGUACUCGUCGUCCUCCUCGCCGUGAAGCCUAAAAAGCCCGAAUUCGACCUCCAGCAAGUCACCGUCCAGCUCAUGGGCAUCAAUCCCAGCAGUCCAACCGCCGCCGCCGCCGCGGCGACGGUCUCCCUCAACAUCCGUCUUCUGUUCACCGCGGCGAACGACAACAAGGUCGGAAUCAAGUACCGCGAGUCCAGGUUCACCGUCAUGUACCGCGGCGUGCCGCUCGGGUGGGGCUCCGUGCCCGGGUUCGAUCAGCCCGCCCACAGCGUCCGCCGCGUCGAGACCGCCAUCGCCGUCGAUCGGGUCAGCUUGCUGGAAGCCAACGCCGCCGAUUUGGUCAGGGACGCUUCGCUCUACGACCGGGUCGAGCUUCGGGUUGUGGGUGACGUCGGAGCUAAGAUCCGGAUCCUUGGUGUCACUUCGCCUGGGGUGCAGGUAUCGGUGGAUUGUACGAUCGCCAUUAGCCCGAGAAAGCAAACCGUAAUAAACAAGCAAUGUGGAUUCGACGGCCUCACCGUUUGAGAGAGAGAGAGAGACCGAUCACUCGGUAAUGUAAUCUAUUCCACUUCCGCCGCUCGAUUUUUUCAUUCGCUUUCUCUCUCAUGAAAUGAUGAAGAAAGAAAACUAGAGAGAGAAGAAUAUAAUGUCGAAUUUUACAAAGUGAAUAUAAUUUUCCCACUGACGAAACCAGUUACUCCAGAAAACGGAAACAAAAGUUUAGUUGAUCUUGAAUAGCGUAUAUUGAGGAGCAGUUUUCGAGUUUUAACGAGUUUCUAUUUUAUUUUAUUUUAUUUUUUGGGAUUAAAUUUGAUUCUGUGUUCUUUCCAUAUACUUCCACUUCUUGUUUUUAUAUUUAGUUUAAAGUUGUUAUUGGAAGUUAAUUGAUAAUUACA